CAAUUAAACCAAAAGCCCAAGAAGAGCUCCAUCUCUCUUUGUCAACCAACCUAAUGAUGGUUAGAGAAAGAGGAAACAAUGAGAAAAAGAAAAGAGAUCCUUUCUUUCCUCUCCUGCUCAUCUUUCCUUCUUCUCUAACAUCUGUUUGACUAAUCUGCAACUUACCAGUACAUUGGUGAAAAGGCCAUUGCAGUCUUGCAGAAGACACCCCCCCUCUCUCUCUCUCUCAUGGAUCAUGACUCCUUCCAGCUUUUCUUGUUCACAUGCCUGCCUGCCUUCCUUACAUGCCAUGUAUCAUGUGUCACUCAUUCAACAACAGUCAAAAUCAGAUUCCCAAACCGGCGAAAGAGAAAGGGAGAUGGUUGUCUGCUAAUUAAUGGCUUGAUUUACUAAGCGGAAAGCACAAAUGAGGCCGCUGCAAUUUACUUCUUUGUUUCUGGCACAGCAACUGUGGUUCCCUUUCACUGGACUGCGUCUCCUAUUACGGACACGAUCCCCCAUUUAAACGCUUCCAUUUCUGUGUGCGUUGCUGAAGAAAGGUGCCACAAGAACUUUGGAAGCCGUCGCCGCUGCUUUAUUCUCGCGCUCCCCGGGCAGGGCUUGGUUCAUGGCAGAAUGAGAUGGUCGUAUUAAGAUGAGAGCACUGAGGGAUGUAUUUCUCUUCUUAGCUCUUCUCAAUCUCCUCCCUGUUUCCUCCAUGGAUGAGCCCCUGCUAUCGUCCCCUGAGGCGAUGGCGAUGGGGGGAGAGAAGAUCCGGUUGGGUUCGACGCCGCCGAGCUGCCACAACCGUUGCAACCGGUGCAACCCUUGCACGGCAGUGCAGGUGCCGGCGCCGCCAGUGGGCUCAGGCGGCGUCGGAAGGCGGGCGGGGCCGGAGACCGCCCCGCCGACCGUCGGCAACCAGCUCUACUCCGACUACAAGCCGCUCGGGUGGAAGUGCCGGUGCGGCAGCCGGAUUUACGACCCAUAAAAGGUUGCUCUGCAACUGAUUCAUCCACUGGUUCUGAUCAAAUCGUCAAGAUGCCAACUUUGCUACAUGAACGCCAAGGUUCUUCUCUCGCUCAAGUUCUAGUUUAUCUUACUCUUUCGUGAUCGAUGAACUUUUCAUUUUUCCUAGAUGCAGGUGUUCGCUGGCGGAACUGGUAGAUGUAAAUUGUUGUUUGAAUUUUUGAACAGAGGGGGUGAGGUCACAUCGAUCAGUCUCAGAAGUUACAACACUGUAGAUUGUGCUGUCUUUUUCUCGUUAUUUUUUCCUGAUAAAAAAUAAAGCAGAUCCCGCAGUUAUCGCACCG